CACGGAGCCGCCAUAGCCGCCCUCCUCCCACGACCUAACGUCUCCGUCGCCGGCUCCGCGCCGCCGCUAUGGCCGACGUGGAAGACGGUGAGGAACCCUGCGCCCUGUCCUCUCACUCGGGGAGCGCAGGAUCCAAGUCGGGCGGCGACAAAAUGUUCUCUCUCAAGAAGUGGAACGCGGUGGCCAUGUGGAGCUGGGACGUGGAGUGCGAUACGUGCGCCAUCUGCAGGGUCCAGGUGAUGGAUGCCUGUCUUAGAUGUCAAGCUGAAAACAAACAAGAGGAUUGUGUUGUGGUCUGGGGAGAAUGUAAUCAUUCCUUCCACAACUGCUGCAUGUCCUUGUGGGUGAAACAGAACAAUCGCUGCCCUCUCUGCCAGCAGGACUGGGUGGUCCAGAGAAUCGGGAAGUGAGAGCAACCGAAGGUGCCCUUCAUGCAGUCAGUUGUUCAGAGUCCUGGUGGAUCUUGUUAUCAAGUGCCCUACAGUGGCUAGAACUCUCCAGGGGACUAAUUCUUCGAAUAGGAGAUGGAUCUGUGGUCUUUUGGGACUCAUCAAAGGCAUGGUUUAGCCUUUUUCAGUUUUAUUUUCAGAAAUUCUCUACAAUUAAGAUAAUUUAUUAAGGAUGGUCUUUCCUACCUCUGUAGUAUGUGUCUGACACACUGCUUAGAAGUGCUGUAAAGGAGAGGACUAUAAAUUGAACAACCUUCAUAAUUGACUUACCGAUAUCCAAGGAGUUAUUGAAGUGGUUCCGUUCAGAAGAGAAUUUUUUGCAUGCUUAUGGUUGAUCAGUUUUUUAAAAAGACAAUGUUAUAGUAACAAAUAAAGUACAGUUUAAAACCCA